AUGGCACGAUUCUCAAUCCCAACUACAGGACGCUUGUCGUCAACAGUACGACUACCGCCCAGCAACUCUUCCGUUCAAAAAGCUCUUGGCCGCUUAUCGCGUUCAUCCUUGCUGUCUCUGGUCCUCGAAUGGCUCAGUGAUGAGAAUGUACCACUAUGCGCGCCUAUACUAGACGAAGAGGAUAAUGAUGACGGUCUCUACCCCCCGGCAUCAUCGGUAGAAGAGCUACGGACCAUCUAUGCGGACCUACAGUUCAGGAAAGGGUCCAAACGAGAGAUCAUUGAUCGCAUCACCGACGGCGAUUGGAGUCAUGGCCUAACCCUAUACCAAAUGGCGCUGGCAGAUGCCCAAUACCUUCAAGACCACCCCACCUCGCAGAAAUGGAAUGCCUAUCGUAUCAUGCCUCUCAAAGAGGCUUCAUACGUGGAUGAUGAAGAGCAGGCCCCAGAAGUCGACACUGCGUCUUUGACCCUUCCCCGGUUUCACCCAUCCACGUUCAUCCAAAACCUUCAGUCACACGUAUUGCCCGACGUCAAAGCUCAUUUUCAUUUUCAUCGACCCGAGGGGCUUACCCUCUCCGUCUUGCGCAUCUUCAUGGUCGAGUCUCCUUACAGCACGAGCAUGACUCAACUCGGAACUGGUCUCACGCAAUCCGACUCGGAUCUCGACAGCUCACGGACGUUAUACAUCGCCUUUCCAGAUGCCUCGCCGUUCGUCUAUUUGUCCAAAUCUCAGACAGUCGGGUCUUUGGGAGCAAGCGAAUCUAAAAGCUUCCGCAACCUGGUUGUCGAAGGAAUACCGAAGGCGCUUUCUCGACCGCGGGAACGAUACACACUGAAACCAACAAACAUUACAACCAAGAACCUCGAUGCGCUGUUGCAAUCCAGAGGCGUUGGCCGAACGAAUGCGGCAGGUGGCGGUUGGGAUAUCUAUGCCGACAAGAAGAAGAAUGAGUCACCGCUUGACACCAUCUUACCAACACCGCCUUUGUCGGAAGAUUCGGCGGAUGACACCUCGGCUUCGGCGGCAAAGAGGGACUCCAAACGGAAAGCUGGCGCCGCUGAGACAGACGAAAAGUUUUACAAGAGAGCUCGUCUAUGUGCCCAGGCCAGAUUCGGCGAUACAGCCAAAAUCGACGAUGGACUGGGUAUCGAGCGAGUAGACAUUGUCAUGGAGGAUCCUUUUCCUAACAACAGCUCUCGAGCUGAGUCAGGUGCUGAAGAUCGGCCCCGAACACAGUCGUCAACUUGGGCCCCCAACGUCAAGCUGAUAUUGCACGGAUCACAUGUAUUCGCGGGCAUACGGCAGCUUGUGGAGAACGGCAUCAUAGAUGGAGAGCGAGUGCCGGGAUGGUUGACUGGGGAAGAAGGUGUCACAGUAGGGGCCGUACGGCAUGGCCGGAUCAGGGGCCAUAAAGGGUCUGGCAUAUGA